CAAACUUCAUUCAGGUUAUAAACAGUUUGUGACAAGUCAUUGUAGGAAAGUUGACAGUUUCGUUGGUUAUUGUUGGGUUUUUCGCUUGCAGUUAAAAGAAGAUGGAUACCUCAAUCAAAGUAAGACCGGCAACUAAGGAGAAUUUCUCAAUCCAGAAGGGCUCUGCCGCCGGUCCAUCAGAUGCAAGUUGUGCAGUUCAAAUUGCGGCGGUCCACCCAUUGAAGCAAUCCGAAGGCAACUAUGAGAAGCAUCAACAAAACCUGCACUUUCAAAUGUUAAGAAAUCGUGAAGGAUUGCAUGCACCGCUGAAACUUGCAAUGGAAUUGCGGGCGGCGAACAAAGUGGGUCGUUUGCCAUUUUUGCCGUCCAGUAAUUUCCAGAGAGAUGUUCUCCUUGGUAGAGAUGAACUGGUGGAGUUCUCUGAUUUCCUGGCCACUGAGGAUAUGCAUGAGGUGAUGAGGCAACCGCACGCAGUCGUUGAACGCAGUUUGGGAAUUUAUUAGAAUUCAUAAAUUUAAUAAAUUUGGGUGAUAGUUUGUA